AAAAAAAAAAGGAGUUUAUAAACACUGAAGGCAGCCCUAUCACUAUACGCUCAAUUGCCACUGAAUCAAAGAAUGCUGUUUCUGUAUUUAUUUUUGAUCUUGAGGAAAUCAAUACUUUAUGUAACAGCUAUGGCUUAAAAUUUGCACAUAGAUGUAUGCUUUGCGUGGGCUUAAAACUGUUAGGAUCAAUGGUUAUUUGCUGAAUGAAGCACCUGCUGGUACUAUAAGAUCAUCUCAGCAAGAAAGAAGUAGGAAAAGAAAGAUAGAUGAUUGCCAGCGUGAGGUUUCAGAUAGAUCAAUAAUAUUGCAGGCAGAAGUUGAUAUUCUGCAACGGCAGCUUAGGAAGCAUUAUUCUGAUAGAAGAUAAUUUGCUCUCCAUAAUGAAGCAGCAUUGUGACGAACUCAGAAACUUUUACUAUUCAAACGCUCGAGUACGACGUCAGAGAACAUACGAGCUGCAGAAAAGAAAGUUUAUUGCCCGUCUUUGUUCAAAUGAGAGAUCCAUGUGCAAACAAUCACAAAAUACUUCAAAAAAGUGUCUUCUGAUCAUGUUUGUCGGUGACAGAGGUCUGUGCAUUGGCUCCAAGAUUAAAGGUUUCCUAAAGUAUGGUGGCAACUGGAAGUCGAACAAGGAUAGUCUGUACACGACUGUAUGCAUAACAAAUGAGCAUAAUACAUCACAAACCUGCUUGUUUUGUUUCAAAAAGCUACUCAACCCUUACCGUCUGGUACAAGGAAAAACAAUACAGUUAAGCCUAAACAAGUAAAAGGUAGCUUUGUUUGCACGAGCCCAAAAUGCCAAUCAGUCUGUGCUGGGAAGGCAACCCGCGUCCGAGACACGGUUAGUGCCACUGCGAUUGCCUUGGCUGGUUUGUUCACUCUCCUUUUUGGUGUACCCUUCCCUGAAUUUAACCCAAGAAAAAGUCAGUCAGAUACUGACAAAUUUGAAGAUCUUGCCGCUCACUUUCCGCAAAAGAAACGUAGACAGGCAU